AUGGUGUUAUUCAUACCGACGGUCCGUCCGUAGCCGUCUUCGCUUCGCGAUGCGUCCACCGAUGUGCGUUUCUGCACAUGGCCGUGCCGCCCGUAAGGACCGUAUAUCGUUCUACGCUCUUUCACACUUUACUACCGAAUAUUAUCUAUCGAUCUUAGAAGAAUUAUACGAUAGAUUACAUCCACCAUGACUACGUCGUCGGAAGAUGUUUUAAUGCAAGUGGGACAAGUACGUUACAAGAAGGGAGAUGGUACUUUAUAUGUUAUGAAUGAACGAAUAGCUUGGAUGCUCGAUAAUAGGGAUACUGUAUCUGUCAGUCACAAAUACGCUGAUAUUAAAUUACAAAAGAUAUCGCCUGAAGGAAAAUCAAAGAUACAACUACAAGUGGUUCUGCACGAUGGAUCUUCGUCUACGUUUCAUUUUGUUAAUCGUAAUGGACAGGAAGCACAAAUUAAGGAUCGUGAUGAUGUUAAGGAAUUACUACAGCAACUGUUACCAAAAUUUAAAAGGAAAGUUAACAAAGAAUUGGAGGAAAAAAAUAAAAUGUUACAAGAAAAUCCAGUAUUGUUACAAUUAUAUCGCGAUUUAGUAAUACCGCAAGUGAUUACCUCUGAAGAAUUUUGGACACAACAUGCUGCAGAAUACACACGUGCUAAGAAAGUCCAACGUCAAGAGAUAGGUGUCAAUGGUGCUUUUCUAGCUGAUAUUAAACCACAGACCGAUGGUUGCAAUGGGCUGAAAUAUAAUUUAACUAUAGAUAUUAUGGAAUGUAUAUUUAAAACUUAUCCGGCGGUCAAAAGAAAACAUCAAGAAAAUGUGCCUCACAAAAUGACAGAAAUUGAUUUCUGGACUAAAUUUUUUCAAUCACAUUAUUUUCAUCGUGAUCGUAUCAAUGCAGGGACCAAGGAUCUAUUUACCGAAUGUGCCAAAAUAGAUGAUCAAGAACUUAAGAAAGAUAUUCAAUCUGGAAUAAACGAUCCUCUGGUUGAUAUUACUUCCUUCGAGGAUCAAACAUUAGAUGAAAAUUAUGGAAGCGGCUUAAGUAAAUCCGACAAAACUUCAGGGAAUAUUGUUCAUCAGAGUAUGAUCAAAAGAUUUAAUCAGCAUAGUAUUAUGGUUUUGAAAGCCAGUACUGCUAAACAAUCUACACAAAAUUAUCAACCGCAGUUAAACGGUUCAACCCCAUCAGCAAGCAAAGCUUCUGCCAAUGAUGAAUCAGAUUUCCAACCAAAGAAUAAAAAGCUUAGGAUACAAGAAAAAUUAAUUUAUGAUGAUCUCGAUGCUAGUUGCGACUCAAAUACAGAUAAUGGUGCACCAUUACGUUUAACACACGUAGACAGAUAUUUGCAUGGUCCUGUACCAGGGUACGGAAUUACAGAAGCACCCUCAGAUGAACUUUUAAUGGCAGUAAAUCAAUUACAAAAAGAAGCAGCCUCUUGGAUUUCAGGAAACAGUCUACCUAGACAAGCUCCUAUAUCAUUAGUUACUCCGGCUGCUGCUGUAUCAGCUUUAGGAGAAUUGACACCCGGAGGAUCUCUUAUGAAAAGCUUUAGAGAAGAAAGUCUUGGACAAUUAAUACCAAAGGAUUUAGAAACAGAACUACGUAAUGUAUAUGUCUGUAUAUGUCAAUUGUUAAGGCAUUUUUGGAGAAGUUUCCCACCAACGACACCACAACUCGAGGAGAAAGCAAUCAGAAUGCACGAAGCCUUACAUAGAUUUCAUUCGGUUAAACUUAAGCCAUUUGAAGAUCGCGUUCAAAGAGAAUUCUCUGCGGUUAGUCAACAUCUAACCAGUCAUUUAAAUCAAUUAUUAAAUACUGCAUAUAGAAAAUUCGCCCUAUGGCAACAACGUAAAAUGCAAAUGAGAUAGCCAUUUAUUAAUAUGUUUUAAAUGAAAAUACAAACAACACACACACACUACACAAAUAAAACAAAGCAAUACCAAUUAUCCUACAUAUAUUGCAUUUUAUAACGUUACCGUAAUUAGGUAUUAAUAUGGAUGUAUUUCACAAAAACCAAAGCUGACUUGAGUUACACAUCCUAUGCUGCCCCGCGCGAAGCAUUGUUUGUUUUUAUUUAUUAAUACUUAAAAUAUGUUUUAUAUCAUAAAAAACUCUUUUUACAAAUUCUUCAUUGGAAAUGAAGUCAGAUCACAAUAAUUAUACCAUCAGUAUAUGUUUAUUUUCAUAAUAUGUAAUUUAUAGAUUAUUUAUUUAAUUUCUAUAGAUUGUUAAGAUAAUAUUCGUGUAUUGCAUUCUCAAUUAAAAGAAUAAUGGUAUUUUUUAAAAAUCAUUAGAGAACGAGCAUCAAUGUCGUCGCCGAUGAAACCAAAACAAUUAUUUGUUAUAUUAUUUUCCAUCGUAAAUAUUUCAUUGACAUUUAUGUUUAUUUCGAAUAAAAAAUUUAAUGAUAUUCCAACUUGUAAAAAUAUUUAACAAGGAAAAGUUAUAAAUGAAGGUUUUAAGGAAAAAUGUAAAAUGCAAACGUUUUGCCAAGUACGAGUAAUAAAAAGUAACGAAAUGUCUGAAUAUUGCCAGAUAUCAAAAUAGGGAUAUAACUGCCACUGCACAAUUAAGAAUAAAAUAUUUCUAUUUUAUCACUACUAUUAGCUUUAAAAGAAUAUUUUCAAUUUGUUAUAAUAAUAAAAUUAUAUCCUAAUACACAUUGUUGAUUGUCUCUUUAAAUAUAAAAAACUUAAGAUACAUAUAUAUGAUAGAGAAUGUAGGUAAUUCGUAUGAACAUUUAUAAAGUACUAACAAAAAAAUAUAUUACGACUAUUAUUAAUAAAUUCUAUAAUUAGCAUAUCGGUUUCUUUUCUCUAUUUCAUUGCAGUGGCUACGUGUUAUCUGAUAUUUGCAAUAUGAUCAACUAGGUGUCUUAUUGUUGAAU